UCAGCCCUGUUGAUGUUUGUGCCGUUUCGAUUUAAAAAUCUAUCUAAAUUUAAAAUUUAACAAAAAUGGGCAGAAAGAACGACAGCUGGAAGAAAUUAUACUUUCGACUGAUACGAGAGCACUACUAUGAGCAGCGGAAAGUGCAGACCAUACGACAUCAGCUGCGUCGCUACCAGACCCAUCGCGUUCGUAUUCAGACGGACCUCCAGCAAGAGGCCGAGCAUCUUAGCGAGCAGAUGGAAACGAUGGACUACAUACGACAAGAACUGGACCGCCUUGAGCGCACCAAGCACAGGAUGACGCCAAAGAAUAGGCAGCGAGUGUCGGCCCUGCAGAAGAAGCUGCCCGUCGACUCGCUGGAGGAGCGGGUGAAAAUAAUGGAGAUAUCGGAGCUGUCAAGGUCCUGGCCCAUGGCCCAGCCAGAGUUGGAGCGGCGACUGGUAAAGAUAAACGCCGAUAAGCGAGCGAUUAGGCGGAUCAAUAAAAAGACAAUGGCCACCAUAGAGGAUAUACGCUGCCUUGAGACCAUAGGCAAACAUCUCCGCAAGGGCAAUUGCACCCGCAUCGAGAUUAGACCCUAUGUGGAUCAUAGCAACUGGUUGGAGCCAACAAAGGCAGCCGUCAAUGCGGAGGAUGUGAAGGCCACCAUUGUCUUGGAUCACCUGCACAAGGUGCGCAAGGGAAAGAGCAAGGGCAGGGGCAGGCGCUUGACGCGGGAACAGAUCGAGGUGCAUCCCCGAAGUAUUCUGCUCAAAUUGACCGAUCUAAUGCCCGAUAUGUAUCACUAUCUUGAUCGGGGCAAAUAAUUUAUUAAGCAAGAAUUAGUCUACUUAUAGAAAAUAUGCUCUAAAAUCCUGUUUCAGCUUCCGUUUCGGUAUAUACAAUUUACAAUAACAACUAAAAUCAUUGAUCAUU